ACCUGAACUUCCGUCGGAGCUGGGUGGAGGUGCUUCAAUGGCGGAACCUCAACAAGCACUCUCCAGGACCUUCCCAGUGAAGCCUAAACUCAAAGCAAAAUCCAAAAAACCCUCUAAAACCCCAGAAUCCAAGUACUGGUCGUCCUUCAAAUCUCACACCAUUCCCAAUCUCAUCUCUUCCAUAACCUCUUUAUCAUUCUCUCCGGCGACCCCUCACCACUUCGCCGCCGCCUACUCCACCUCCCUCACCCUCUUCAACUCCAAAACUCUCGAACCCAUCUCCUCCAUCUCCUCCUUCAAAGACGUCGUUUCAUGCGCCUCCUUCCGCUCCGAUGGCCUCCUCAUCGCCGCCUCUGAUCACUCCGGCCUUGUCCAGGUCUUCGACGUCAAGACCCGAACAGCUCUUCGAAAGCUCCGCGGUCACACUCGGCCGGUUCGACUCGUUCGGUACCCGCGUUCCGAUAAGCUCCACUUGUUCUCCGGGGGCGACGAUGCAGUGGUCAAGUACUGGGAUGUUGCUGCCGAGUCAGGAGUUGUGGAGUUCCGGGGCCACAAGGAUUAUGUCCGCUGCGGAGAUGGGUCACCGGCGAGUUCUGAGUUGUUUGCCACGGGGUCGUAUGAUCAUACGGUUAAGGUUUGGGAUGUUAGAGUUUCGAAUUCGGAUGCAGCGAUGAAGAUAAAUCAUGGGAAACCGGUGGAAGAUGUGAUCUUCUUGCCGUCCGGUGGGUUAAUUGCAACCGCCGGAGGAAAUUGUGUGAAGAUUUGGGAUGUGAUUGGAGGAGGGAAGUUGUUGUAUUCAAUGGAGAAUCAUAACAAGACUGUUACCUCAAUUUGUGUGGGUAAGAUUGGGAGGGAUGGUGGUGAGGGUUCAGAACAAUAUAGGGUUUUGAGCGUGGGGCUGGAUGGGUAUAUGAAGGUUUUUGAUUACUCUAAGUUCAAGAUAACUCAUUCGAUGAGGUUCCCAGCACCGCUUUUAUCAAUUGGGUUCUCGCCUGAUUGUGCAACGCGGGCAAUUGGUACUUCAAAUGGGGUUAUAUUUGCUGGGAAGAGGAAGGUGAAGGGGGAAGUUGAGAGUGGCUUGAGGGAGUUUCCAAGUUUGGGUUUGAUGGAGGAACCACAGAGACGGGUACUGAGGCCCUCUUAUUUUCGAUAUUUCCAUAGGAGCCAAGGAGAGAAACCUUCUGAGGGGGAUUACCUCAUUACAAGGCCAAAGAAAGUGAAAAUCGCAGAGCAUGAUAAGUUGUUGAAGAAGUUUAGGCAUAAGGAUGCUUUUGUGUCUGCCUUAAGUGGGAAGAACCCUGAAAAUGUGGUGGCUGUGAUGGAGGAAUUGGUAGCAAGGAAGAAGUUGUUGAAAUGUGUUUCGAAUUUGGAUACAGAGGAGCUUGGGUUACUUCUGGCAUUCUUGCAUAGGCAUUCAACUGUGCCAAGAUAUGCAAGUUUGUUAAUGGGGUUGACAAAGAAAGUAGUUCAGAUGCGAGCUGAAGACAUUAUAGCUUCUGAUGUCUUGAAGGGCCAUAUAAGAAACCUGAAGCGGUCAGUUGAGGAGGAGGUUAGGAUACAACAAUCCUUGCAAGAGAUACAAGGUAUAAUUUCUCCUUUACUGAGGAUUGCUGGAAGAAGAUAAAUAUGGUAGCUUUUCUAUACCUGACUCAGUUUCUUUUGUGAUAGAGAAGUUUUGCAAUGUUGUGUCAUCAGAAUUUAAUCUAUGUUUCCGUUGACAUUCCUUUCAAUGUUUGGAAGGAAUUUGUGCCAUUAUGUUUCAUGGUUAUCAUAAUUUGCAAUUUUUUUUUUUAAUGAAAUUUAUAGAUUUCAUUUUUCACAA